UUUAAAUCUUCGUUCCCCAGCUGAGCAUUCAUGAAUGAGAGACCAAAACAGCUGACAAAGCCUGCAUUCGACAAGGGACAGCCAACAACAUACAGUCCUCCAGCAACAUGGUCUCCACGGAGAAAGUCUACUCUCUAAGAUUCAACCAAGACCAAAGCUGCUUCGUGUGCUCAACCGAGAACGGAAUUCGGGUCUUCAAUGUCGAGCCACUCUCGGAACUUGUCCACAUCGAGAAUUUGGGCUCGAUCGCGAAGGCUGAGAUGCUCUACCGGACUAAUUUAUUGGCGUUGAUUCCCGGCGGUAGACGCGUAGAAUACGCCGAGAACGUAGUUCUGGCCUAUGAUCUUCAGAAGAAUGACCUUUGUAUGGAUUCAGCUUUUAGUUCAAAGGUUUUAGCGGUUCGACUCCGGAGAGAUAAGAUGAUUGUGGUACAGCUCCGUCAGGUUCAGAUCUAUUCAUUCCCCGGAGUCCCAGCGAAAUUGCGACGGUUCGACACCGGCUUCAAUCCCAGAGGCCUGUGCGAACUCAGCCCGAUGUCGACGAGCGAACGUCUGAUCAUGGUUUUCCCCGGGACCAAGCUCGGAUCCGUUCAAAUCGUCAACUUGGGCUCGGAUGAAGCCGAAAGUUGUCAUCCUGUCACAAUCAACGCUCACCAGAGCGACCUACAAUGCUUCACCUUGAACCAAAACGCUACCAUGUUGGCGACCGCAAGUCAGAAAGGCACACUUAUCCGAGUUUUCGAUACGGCUAAACGCAGCAAUCUCGUGGAGCUUCGACGCGGUUCGGAUCCUGCGACGCUCUACUGCAUUAACUUCUCCCACGACGACAGAUUCUUGUGCUGCUCGUCGGACAAGGGAACAGUCCACAUCUUCGCCUUGGCUAACACGCAACUGAACCGCAGGUCGAAAUUCUCAAGCUUAGGAUUUAUCUCGAUGUACGUCGAAAGCCAAUGGGCUCUUGCGAGUUUCACCGUGUCAGCCGAAUGCGCAUGCAUCUGCGCUUUCGGAUCUAACACGGAUCGGGGACAAAACAGCUCGGUCUACGCAAUCUGCGUGGAUGGCUCCUUCCACAAAUACGCAUUCAAAGAGAACGGUACUUGCAACCGGAAGGAGUACGAUGUUUUCUUCGACGUGUGCAACCACGACAAGCAAGAGCUUUGAGCUUGGCUCUCUGGUAGUAUUUGUAAAUUGCAGAACCGAUUCGCGAACUCAAUCUUAAACGGUGCGUAUUGUCGAUUGCUCACUGCUGUAAAUGGAUGAUCUCGCGACAGCGAAAGAAAAUGCGGAUGUUUCGCUCAUUGUUCAAGGAAGAUGGUGGAUGUAUAUAUUUUAAUCUAG